AUGGCUGAGCAUUUCCAUUUCAAGACACUCCAUCGCCAUUUGCCAUCAAACAUGAUCCUCAAGGCUCAACUUGUUCCGAAUCUGGAUGCCUGUUUUCGAAGCUGCGCAUUUCCAUUUUCGCUCAGUCAGCUCCAAGUGCUAGAAUCUGUUCAACCUGAACGCAUUCACACUAACUUCGGGGUUCAACAAGUACCGGUUCCCGGUACUUUCUUAUUCAAUGCGGUCACUCGCAUUGAUAGAAUGACCAAUUGCGGCGAUAAUUUUAAAGUACUCUAUUCCAUCGAUUCCGGGGACAGCGAUGGUAGGUGUUGUUACGAUUGCUCCUUCAAGGCUAGACUCGUGCCUCCAUCGGCCAACAUGCACAAUUCUCAGUUUCACACUUCCAGCAUACCUGCUCCAUAUUGGCCGGGCUUGCCCGAUCAGCGCCGAAGUGUGGCUCGCGUAGCAUCAGCCCGGCCAUGCGGCGCUCGGGCCCAAGCCACAUUAAGCGAAACCCUCUUCAACCCUCUUGUUUGCGCUGAUUGGCCCACUCGAAGCGCAUAG